AUGUGCAAUACACUUCGAAUACAAUUAAAUCCUCGUGUUUUUGGAUUAGAUAUUGGACAAUUGCAUCAAUAUAAAUCAGAAAUUUCCAAUGCAUCUUCUAGAAAAUAUCCCUUAUCUAUAAUACAAUCAAAAUCAGGACAAAAUAAACAUUUUGUAACUUUUGGUAAAGAUUCAGAACAAGAUCUUUUAUCUUUAAUUAUAAAGCACAAAAUGAUUAUAGAAACUGGACAACCAGCUAUUCCUAUUCGUAACAUUGAAUUGGAUUUUAAUGAUUCGGAUGACAAAAUACAGAAAAAAGAUUCAUCAACUUCGAGAAGGAUAGAUUUUGAAGAAAGAAUGCGACGCGGAUUACCUACAAAACGAAAAAUUAGUGGAGUAAAACAUGUGAUUGCAGUCGCUUCUGGAAAAGGGGGAGUUGGAAAAUCCACUUUAGCAGUAAAUCUCGCAUUAGCAAUAGCAUCAUUUAGACAAAGUGUGGGUAUUUUAGAUGCUGAUAUUUUUGGACCUUCAAUACCUCGAUUAAUGAAUUUAAAAGGUGAACCAAAAAUACAUGAAGGAGAUAAUUUUUUAAUUCCCUUGAUAAAUUUUGGAAUAAAAACUAUGUCGAUGGGAUUUCUUGUUGAAGAAGAUUCCCCUAUAGUAAUGAAAGCCCUUCAGCAAUUAUUACAUCAAGUUUAUUGGGAUGCAAUUGAUUUUCUAGUUAUAGAUAUGCCUCCUGGUACUGGUGAUACUCAAUUAACUAUAAGUCAACAAGUUAUAUUGGAUGGUGUAGUAAUAGUAUCUACUCCUCAAGAUAUUGCACUUAUUGAUGCGAGAAAAGGUACAAAUAUGUUUAAAAAAGUUGAUGUUCCUAUUCUAGGAAUGGUACAAAACAUGUCACUUUUUGUAUGUCCAAAUUGUCAACAUAAAACUCAUAUAUUUGGUAAAGAUGGAGUAAUAAAAACUUCUCAAGAAAUGGGUAUAGAUUAUUUAGGUGACAUUCCAUUAGAUGCAAAUAUAUGUGAAUUGUCUGAUGUAGGCAAACCGAUAGUUGUAACUAAACCUGAUAGUUUUAAUUCUGAAUGUUAUAAAGAAAUUGCUAAAAAAGUGAUGAAUAAAGUUGGUUUUAAGCUUGGUUAA